AUGACUGCGGUAUAUCACACUUCUGCUAACUGGCUCCAUUUGCCUCAGGACUACUGUGGCGGUCAUCGCCAGUCACCCAUCGACAUUGUGUCACAGUCAGCCAAGAAGGACAACCAACUCAAAAACUUCACUUAUACACAUUUCGAUGACAAGAAUGUCAUUGAUUACAUAAUUAACACAGGACAUACAGAUGCACAUUGUCAGCAAGAGGAAGGAUUUAUCACUGACACAGGCAUUAGUGGAGCAGACGGCCUGGCAGUGCUUGGAUUCCUUAUUGACGUCAAGACAACCUUUGUGCUUGUAAUUUAUACUUUUUGUACCCACUCAUUUGCAGUGAAAUGUGUACUUAAGGAAAACACAGUGGAGAUCUCAGAUGGAGGUUUGCAAUAUGAUUACUCCGUCCUUCAGCUCCAUUUCCAUUGGGGCAACAUUUUAAACAAUUCUAUGGGCUCAGAACUUACAGUGGAUUCAAAAAGAUUUCCAAUGGAGAUGCACAUUGUCAGCAAGAGGAAGGAUUUAUCACUGACACAGGCAUUAGUGGAGCCAGACGGCCUGGCAGUGCUUGGAUUCCUUAUUGACGUCAAGACCUCUACAAAAAGUGAACACACGAAUAGUUCCCAUGAUGAAGAGCAGACGCAGACCACAGCUGAGUGGCACCCUUGGAAAAAUCUGACCAACUACCUGCCACACAUUAGUGACACCGGCUGUAAAGUGAAAGCUGUAGGAGGACUCUCUCUCAAUGACUUGCUCGGUGACGUGAAUCUUGCUGUGUACUACCACUACAAAGGUUCCUUAACCACCCCAUCAUGUAAUGAAGCAGUGGUUUGGUCUGUGUUUAAAGAUUCUAUCAAGAUUGACCAAAGCCUGAUAGAGAUGUUUCCAAUGUACGCCGGAUAUCAAGAUGUGUAUCGGCCCAUGCAGUCCCUUCAUACAAGGAAUGUCUACAUUUCGGCAGCAUCCAGCCCCUCUGAAUCAGUGACGAUGCUUAUGUUGCUGGCAUGUUUGUAUGGCCUUACAGUUGAAACCAAGUGGCAGAUGCUAGCUCUGGGAGCGUGGAACAUCACAUCGCUGUGGGGAAAGGAGUUGGAGCUUGUGCGGGAGGUGGAGUGCUACCAGCUUGAUCUGGUGGGCCUCGCCUCCACGCACAGCCUUGGCUCUGGAACCAUUCUAUUUGAUAAGGGUUGGACCUUAUUCUUCUCUGAGGUUGCCCAGGAAGGAGGCGGGUUCGAACGGAGUGCUCAUAAGCAUAAAAACCAGGAGGAUGAGCGCGCGCAGCUGUUAAAGACGACUACAGGUGUACUGAAGAUGAAGCAGGUGAUCCUGGCUGUGCUGGCUGCGUGCGCCCUCAUCCACAGCGCGCACUGCGACUCAGCUGAGGACUGGUGUUAUCACCUGCCAAGCUGCAAUGAUUCCACGUGGCCAAUCAGAAAUGCUUCACACUGUAAUGGCACUCGCCAGUCUCCGAUUAAUAUUGUGACUGCAAAUGCCACAGUGGAUUCCAGCCUGACCGCCUUCACCUUUUACAACUUCAGCAGCACCUCAGCCCUGAAGAAAAUUGAAAACACUGGAAAGACAAUCAAAGUGGUCUUUAACAGCGGUGUUGCAGUUAGUGGAGGGGGUUUGCCUACCAAGUACAACAGCCUACAGUUCCACUUGCACUGGGGUAACGGCACCGAGCACCCCGGCUCUGAGCACACUGUGAAUGGCAAACGUUAUGCCAUGGAGUUGCACAUUGUAAGCAUGAGUGAUGCCUUUACUAACACGAGUGACGCCAUCAAGAACUCCACUGGACUGGCUGCUCUUGGUUUCUUCAUUGAAGCAAAAUCCACCAGUGAGACUGAUUUGCCUGUGAGCUGGAAAAACCUGUCCUCCUACUUAGCAAGCAUCUCCUUGAAAGGUCAGUCUGCAACCAUCCAGCAUGAGAUUUCUUUGAAUGAUCUCCUGUCUGGAGUGGAUUUGACUCAGUAUUAUCGCUACCUCGGCUCCUUAACCACUCCGGACUGCAACGAAGCCGUAAUUUGGACUGUGUUCAAGGAACCGAUCAAAGUCAGCAGAAACUUGAUCAAUAUCUUCAGCACACUGCACAUCAACACCACCAACUCGUCUGCACUGAUGAUCGAUGUUUACAGACGCAUCCAGCCAUGGCAAAUGGUCACAACAACAGCAAAUCAGUCCAGCGGCGGCCCUGCCUCCACCUGCUACUCUGUGGGCCUGAUGGUCCUCGGCCUUGCACUUUGUUGGUACUAGAGCUUGUAGCACAUAACGCUGAUCUGAACUUGCUCCACCUUCUCAGUUUGUGAUGGUGCAUGCAGAAAACUUACAAAUCACUCAAAUGAAGAAAUGUAUCCACACAUAGGUCAUGUUUGGUCAAAUAUAAGUUAUAUAACUGGUUGAAGAAUUAAAGUUCUAUAGCUUGCAGCACAAUCAUGUCUUGCAAAUUGAACCUUUUUACAGCUAUUCUACAUGCAGAUUUAUCAUUUUAACUAUAAAUGCACUUGCACAAGUGGUAACAUUAUUGCACUUUUUGCUUAGGCAUUUGGAGGGGCAGAAGACACAUGCCAAACUCUUAUUUAUAGACUUUUCCUCAGCAUUCAAUACCAUCCAACCCUUUCUGCUUGCUGAUAGGCUCCUCCAUCAUUUUAAACUUGAUCCUCACCUGAUUAGUUGGAUAACUGGUGGUUGGCUCUCACUGCGGUAUUGUAUCACUUCCUGUUCCGGAGCACAGCGGUGUUUUGCUGUAUCUGUUAGCUGUUUAAUCUGCACAGUUAGAUUGAUCUAGUUACCUAGAUAACGAUU